AUGGGUUAUCCAGAAGAAAAGAGAAAAAAAAGAGAUCUGAUUGCAUCUUUUCUUAACUUUGACGCUAUGGCAAGUGGUUCAGCAUUUAGUAAUGUACUUAAAGCAAAGGAAGAUUUACAAAAAUCUCCUGAACAAUUAGAACAAGAAAAACGUUCGAUUAUCGCUCAACGUGUACCAUCAUUAAACAUUGAUGGCAAAUCGAAAGAAGCUCUUGUCGAACAGGCAAAACAAUUACAUAAUCUUCUUCAUCAAUUACAUGGUUCAAUCUAUGAAUUAACUGAACGUUUCGAACGACAAAAAUAUGAUAUGGUUGAAUUAACUGAACGUGCUCGUCAAAUCGAGAAAGGAAAAGCUAAAACACGUAAAUCAAAUAUUGUUCACACUGGUCUUGGUGGUGGAAUAUUUACUGGUGUUAAUGAUAUUACAGCAAAAGCACCGCAAAAAGUAUCACUUUUUAGUCGUUACGAACGUGUUACCGAUCGUCGUACAUAUAAGGAUCGUCGUGAUGUAUGGAGUUCAGAAAAGAAAAAAUCAGACUUUGUUGCUGAACGUCCAAAAGCUAAAAUACGACAUAAUACACCACCACCUGAAGAAAAUCCAUUUCAUAAAAAUAAAGCUGGUGGUGCUACUCAAGCUUCUAAAUCGGAUGAUAAUCGUCAACAAAAGCAUCAUGAAGAGGAAGAAGAAGAAUUAACCGCUCCACCUCCUGAAGAAGAAGAAGCCCCAGCUGAAGAAGCACCUGCUGAAGAAGAACCAGCAGCUGAAGAAGAGGAAGAAGAAGAAGAAUAA